GAUUUUUUUUUUCGCCUCGUUCCGGGUAUUGAAUUUUAAUUAGCACCUCCAAUCGAUAUCUAUUAUAUUCUUUCUGCUUUCCUCCGGCGCGCGUUUAAAUAUAUAUCGAGUGAUUUAUUUUUAAAUAUGGCGCGCUCUCUUUUUCUCUUCGCCUUUCCCGAGGUACUUUGCCCAUCGAGCAGAAUUCUGAAAUCAUCGGUGUAUAAUCGGCGACACGUAUUCUCAAUAAUUUAUCUCAUUUAUCGCGUCGCAUUAUUCAUCGCGCAGAUAAAGAGCCCGUUGUCGAGGCGCGUUGCGUGCGUUGGAGCAUCGUUUUCCUCUUUCCUUGCCUUUGAAUAAGAAGAAAAACAAAAAAAAGGAUAGAGAGUGGUACAGAGAACAAGUCGGUACAUCUGGUGAACUGGCUCCGCUGCUCGAUAUUUAUGCGUCCGGGAUGAUCCCUCGAAUGAAAGCAUCCAGGCGAGCCGAGAAUUCUACGUCUAGCGGCGAAUAAUGGAGUACGGAGACGGCCACUUUGAAUUAGAUCUCAAUUCGUGGACGCUCUACGCAAACGCGUGCUUUGUGCAUUCUUCAGAUAACACAAUUUUCAAUGGACUCGAAAAUAUUCCGAAGAAUUCGACCGACGGUGGUCUGAAGGCAGUUAUUUCGUUUUCAAAUGAUCGGUUCCAGAAAUGACAUUUCUUCUUCGGUUCUUCAGCUAGAAAAUUAUCACAUCUUUCCAACAGCGCUAAUGUAAACCUCCCUCCCCCGAUGAUUUGCCCUUCCUUUCGAUUAAAUAUUUUGAUUAAUUUCCAAUCGACCUUCGUUCAAUGGAAAUAUCACAAAUUAUCAUUCGUGACGAAUUUUUGCUGCUAAAUAUUUUUUUCAGAAAGAAAAUCAAACGUCUGUAAAAUUGUGCGCAUAUAUUUACAGCGAAACAUACAUAAAAUAACUAAAUUAUUAUGAAUAUUAAAGGCCAAUUAUCCACAGUUAAAUAACACGCAAUUGUUAUUAUUAUUUCAAAUGACAAAAUGUAACAUGAUUUAACGUAACAUGACGUCCGCUUGAUGUCUAUUUAAUCUACUGGUGGUUGUACAGCAGCACAUCAUCGCACCUUGACCGUCAUUACGCCUGCGCCCGCUUUCACAAUUGCGGUCUCCGCGGAGUAGGAUGAAUCGCGCACUUCUCCCAAGUAAAAAUAGAUCAUCCGGGUGGACAUUGACCUUGCUAUUGCGUAAUAGCGCGAUUCGAUUCGCCGAGAUGCCCGAAAUAUUAUUACAGCCGCCCCGAAUUACGCCGCGCGCACAUUGUAGUGUGUUAGUUCGAGCAUCGAGUGACACAUCAGCUUUCGCGUGUAGAUGCCAUCGAGAGCGCGGUGCUGCUGAGACCACGUCUGAGCGAACGAGUCGUUAAUCAGAUUGAAAGAUGCGCGCAGCGUCGCCCUCGCUGUCGUUCCUCCUGAUCCUCCUGUACCACACGGGAUGGAGCUACGGGCUCUGCAAGCUGGAGAACAGCACGAUGGCGUCGUGCCAGCAGCUGGAGGACAUCAAGUACAUCGACACGCGGGACCUGGACUUCCUGAAGACGUCGGUCGCGCGGGACACCCUGACGCCGGGCCUCCUCGCCGGCUUGGGCAACCUGAGGCACCUGGAUCUGUCCGGAGGCGACCUGAGGAGUAUCGAGCGGGGAUCCUUCCAAAACCUGAGUGAGCUGAAGAGCCUGAACCUCGGCGAGAAUCGCAUCGAGUACCUGGAACUGGCGUCCUUGGAGGGCCUGACGCAAGUGCGAAGCCUGAAUCUGCGGAGGAACGGCAUCCGGCAGCUGCCGCCUGCGCUGGUGCGCCUGAAGAACCUCAGGCACCUGGACAUCCACGGGAAUCCUCUCGAGUGCAACUGCGCCACCCUCAAGGUCCGCGAUCUGAUCGCGCAGAGGGGCGUGACCGUGUCGAAGAAGGUCGUGUGCGCGGGCCCCGGCAAUAUGAAGGGCACGUCGUUGAUGAAGCCGAACGCGGCGAUCAUCUGCAGCCUGGAGAAGCAGGAUCGGGAGAUGCAGAACGACCAGGCGGAAGGAUCCGGCGCGGACAUGGGGUCCGGAGGGGACGCGUGGGAGGAGGCGGCCGAGGAAGAGGAUCAGAUGGAGAAGGAUGAGAAGGAGGAGGAGGACGAAUACGUGGAAGUUCACAACGGCUCGUCGGAGAGGUCGAAGGAAGCGGAGAUCGAGACGCCCUUCCCGGCCGUGUCCUCGGACUUCACGGAGAGAUAUCCCGAGUCCUCCAGCUCAGCCCACCAAGAGACGACGGAGAGCGUAGCGGAGGAGACCGCCGGCACAACAACGAGCUCUUUGCUGCCCACCACCGAGGACGACGAAAUCUUCUUCGACAGCGAGGAGAGGAAGGAGCAAUCGGUCACGACGACCGAGAUCUCGCGGAAGAAUGAGGAGAUCAAGGACUCUCUGUUUUAUCCGGCCUCCGGUGACGGCGAGGAGGCUUCCGGCGAAGGCUCCGGAGCCGGCGUCGACGAGGAGAGGACCAAUACGGAAGACGACAACGACGACGGGUCGUUCAUCUGGAACGUCGUCACCGGCAUCGCCGGCUUCCUGGGCGCUACCCCGUCGGAGAGGAAAGACCCCGAAGAAGACUUCGAAGAGGAAAAGUUCCUAGACGCGUCCACCGAGGAGCCGAUCGUGUCGAGCCAGCCGCCCCUCGGCGCCGAUAUCGCCAGGGUCACCGUGACGCUCGCGACACCCUCGAUCGCCAACGGCGUGGAGGUGAUGAAACCCGCGGGCGACGGCUCGAAAUCCGGUAACGUCAGGGCCGAGGUGGACAGUCUGGAUGACGAAGUGCCGUCCCGAGUCACGGCCGACGUGUCGGACAAGUCGAAGAAAGGCAUGGGCUCGUACGUCGUCCUGGCGAUCCUGCUCGCCGUUUUGGCCGCGCUGAUCGGCUUCGCCGCUUACAAGGGCGACUUCUGCCGCAAGAAGAGAAAGCGCAGCGACGUGGAGAACGGCACGGAGCUGAAGGACAUGCAGAAGUCCCUGCUGCCGGACACCGGCAACGCGACCCAGCCGAAAAUCGCCUCGAACGGCAACGCCGAGAACGUUCCUCUCGUGGAUGCCGCUCCUCCCGACGAGGACGCGAAGCCUGACAAGAUUCGCAACGAGCCCCAUCAUCAGACCCAGGAAGCACCGCGGUCUCUCAACGGCACUCUCGACUACCCGGACCCCGUGAAGCCUCCCAGGAAGCAGAUCGCCCCCCAGGACGAGCAGCCGGUGGAAGAUAGGCCUCGUGUGGACGUGAACUCCUUGAGGGAGAACUUCCUGGCGGAUCGGCCGAGCCCCGUACAGCCCUCCGUUUCAUCGACCGCGACGAGCAAUGGGCCGGCGACGGAGCCUCCCAACGAACCUCCGCUGAGUCCCGGGGCCCAAAGAGUGAGGAUCACCCUGCAGGAGAUCCCCGAGAGUGUGCCAAAGACGCCCAUACUCAUCACACGAACGAUGGCCGGUGAGAAUCUAGUCAAGACGCCGUGAAGCAGCGCCCUGAGGAGAGAGAAAGAGGAAGAGAAAGAGGAAGAGAGGGAGAGAGAUGGGGGGGGGGAGGGGGAAGGAGUCUACACGAGAUAACGAAUGUCACAUCGAUCAACCGACGUGUUCGUGUGCCGAGCAAACGAGAGCUACGAGACGGAGCGCAGUGAGGGAAAAACCAAGGGGGAGGUUUUCGGUCGACGAACCACGGACGCCCCGGACGUGAUUUACGAUAACGUCGUUGUUCCUAUGCCCGAUGUGCAGAGAGCCUCCUCGCGAUGGACUUUCGUAACAAGAAAGAUUACCGGCUCGGUGGCGACGGAAGGGACACUGCCGUAUUCGCGGCAGGAAGCUGAGGGUGUGCGACGGGCGGCUUGUACGGGCUGUCACUUCAGGCAGCUACGUUGAACAAUCGGAUGCACGAAAUGCUACAUGUAUAUAUUUGAUGAGAAUCUUACAUCUUACAGACUGCCCCACAUGUCGUGUUCGUCACUUCCUGUAUGUCGUCUUGUCUAAACAUUUCUCUGCGCCCGAUGUUAAGUGUUUUCUCAACGGCGCCUCGUAAAUCCGGGAAUUCCGAUUUUACUGAAACUCUCCGGGUAGGCUAAACAGGUGAACUCGGACAUUUCCGGCUGGUGUCGAAACACGGUCUUCAGGUCAGGAGCGAAAUCAUCCCUUAUAUUGUGAAUAUUAAAAAAAAUAUGUCUGGAUAAUAAAAGAAGUAUUUAUUUGGUGGGUACCAAUGACAUAUUUACUUAAACGUAAAUUCUUUUACUUGAAUAGAAUAAACAAUUGCCCUCAUGAAAAGCGAUAGAUUUAAGAGAAUGUAUGUUUUCUCAUUUGAAAAAAUUUUAUUUUUGUUAUUAAUACCUACCGAGUAAAUAUUUGUUUAUCUCUUAGAUAUUUUCCCUCUCAGUGUAUAGAGUAGCUUCCGGUCUUUUUCGUUAUAUAUCAUAAACCAUCCGAGGUACUGAAAAUAUUUUAUGCAAUAAGUCUGAUAGUAAAAGUAUCUUUAUUUAAUUACGCUAAAACGUUUUAAAAACGAUUGUUUUUUCAUCAAAAUAUAAUUUUACUCCACUCAAUGUUUGAGGUCAAAUUCGAAUUUCCGGAUAAGUGAGGUUCCUCUGUUAGUUGAAUCCAAACCCAUUCGAAUGAAAAGUUCGUUCGAGUAAACAUUUCGUUACAACUGUAAUAAUAAGAAUACGAGGUUCCAUUCGCACUCACUCGUCACAUAUGAGCUUUUCUCGAGAACAAUCAUCGGAAUCCCGCAGUUUCAUCGCGCCUGUUUCAUCCGCAAGCUACACGGACAAAAAUUAAUCUUACCUCGAGAAUAGAUAUUCUCAUAUAUAAGCAAGAAUAUCGUAAUCUUUUUGGAAGACCUUUAGUCCCGAUUGAAUUGGCAUUGACGCAAGUGUCACUUGAACUCAAUUCAAGACCAUAAACCUUCUAAGAAGAUUAUCACAUGUCCGCUUAUACAUGAAAAAAAAUCUCUAUUCUUGAUUCAGGACUAAUGCUAUUCCGUCACUCUCGUCUCGUCCUUCUUCGUUCGGUCGACGAAAUACACGAUAUCUGGGACACUCUCUAUAUUUAUGACAUACCUAAGGAUCCCACAGACGGAGUAACACGUCUCGAAGUUCACGCCAGUGCACUAGUCGGUCUUCCUGAAGGAUCUCUCGCGAGAUCAGUUAUUCGCCGAGAUCACAAGGAUCCCCCCUGGAUUAUCGCGAGGACCGGCCAUCGCACCGAGUAUCGCGGCAAGGACACGCGUCAAGUGAGCCGAGGGAGCAUUCCGCAAUUCUGCCAUAUUUUUUUCUACGAAGCUUCGAUUAUAUAUACUCUCCGUCAGCGCGAGGACGGACGAGCGUCUUCUUCCGCGAAGAUCGAACCGCGCGCGCGCUGAUUGUUUGCCAGCGACGCGUACCUCGUAGUUUUAGCGCCGCAUUUUAAGUGCGCGCCUCCGCGCGCGAUUAAACGUGAGGAAAUUUGCAAUUCGAACGAGACGACGAGCCUACCAAUUAUGAGUAAUGGUCUUCGGCCGCUAUGGUGCGCAGAGUUACGGAGAGGAUUUACGGAGGUGGAGCUCGGUGAGCGAUUCGAUGCCGCGGUCAAACGUGGACGCAGGGCUCCCCCGUUCGUUCGCGUUCGUAGAAAACGCAUAAUGUAAUAACCCGUCGUUGCGUUACUUUCUCAGCGGAGCCAGCGCGACAUCCCCUCACCGGAGACAAUUCCGAGCGCGGGAGCGUCGCGGUGUUGCGAGAGCCGCUCGAAUUUUCAUCACGGAUCGACGUAUUUAUUCGUUGCGCAACCUCAAGUUGACACAACUGGUGGUGUGAUCUGCACGAACGAGAGAGACGCUUCGCGUACACGACGGAUCAUUUCGUGGACAAAGUUGGUCGCCUCAUCGGCUAAAUCACGCGAUAUGCGGACGCAGUGCGAGAGAGACGGAGCGAGAUCGCACGUUAGUUAUCGCUCGCUCCCUCGUAAUCGAUUUAUUACUUCACGUACGAUUCUUUAAGCCAAAUGUCGCCGGAUUUUGCGUGCACGGCGUAUAUGAUUUAACAUUUAAGAUACAGAGCGCGCGCCGCCGCGGAUUGAAUGUCCGGGAGGAGAGGCGCGAUUAAAUAAACGGCUCGGCGAAGAUUGAAAGACUUUAUUUAUAUGUUCAGUCUUUGAUCAAUAAAAGAGAGUGUUAUUUUUUGUUGA